CAAGGUUAUGGGGACAGAGAAGCCUUGAUGCGAGAAAGAGGGAGCAUUGGCUCAGCUCGCUUGCCCGACUGGACCAGCAUUGCUGAGGAGAUCCGCUACAACACAACUACACUUGAAGCAAAAACUAAGAAGUUGCACACACUCCAGAGCAACUUGGUACGAAUGCCAUCUUUUGAAGAUAAUAAUCCUGAGGAGAUGCAGCUUGCGGUUCUCUCCAAUGAAAUAACAAAGCUGCUGGAGCGGUGUCAAAGCUUGGCAAUACAGCUUGACACUUUGUUCCUUCAAGGUUAUGGGGACAGAGAAGCCUUGAUGCGAGAAAGAGGGAGCAUUGGCUCAGCUCGCUUGCCCGACUGGACCAGCAUUGCUGAGGAGAUCCGCUACAACACAACUACACUUGAAGCAAAAACUAAGAAGUUGCACACACUACAGAGCCUGAGGCAGACCAGCACCUUUGCUGGAGACCCUGCGCAGGACGCCUUCGGGGACCAGGGCGACGCUUCCCCUGGGUGGUCGGAGGAGCGUGACCACAUGUGUGUUCCAUGUGCUCCAUAUGUGCAGAUGGUCGGAGGAGCAUGGUCGGAGGAGCGUGACCUCAUGUGUGCCCCAUGUGCUCCAUAUGUGCAGAUGGUCGGAGGAGCAUGGUCGGAGGAGCGUGACCUCAUGUGUGCCCCAUGUGCUCCAUAUGUGCAGAUGGUCGGAGGAGCAUGGUCGGAGGAGCGUGACCUCAUGUGUGCCCCAUAUGGUCGGAGGAGCGUGACCUCAUGUGNACACCUCGUACACGAGCAGGUACGUGGCACACCUCGUACACGAGCAGGUACGUGGCACACCUCGUACACGAGCAGGUACGUGGCACACCUCGUACACGAGCAGGUACGUGGCACACCUCGUACACGAGCAGGUACGUGGCGCACCUCGUACACGAGCAGGUACGUGGCACACCUCGUACACGAGCAGGGUACGCUGGUGGACCGCAUUGACUGCAACAUCGAGACAGCGAGUAUCAAGGUGCGCGAGGGGCGGCAGCAGCUGCAGAAGGCGCACCAGCAUCAGAAGAAGAACCGCAAUCUCAUCUGCAUCAUGUCGCUCACGGCCGCCAUCCUCGUCCUUAUUCUCUUGCUCGUCUUUGUUAAGAGCUGAAGAGCCUUUGCUUCAUGAUUUAUUUGUAUUUUUCUAUAAUUUCCUUUCUUAUCUAGUCAUAUGGAAUCACUUCCAGCUAAAGCUUGCUGUUUUCAUGAUGAUGGUAAUGUAUGGCAUUCUCUGUUAUGUGCUAAUAUUUUUUUUUACAAAAUGUACUAUUUAUUGAGAGUGGUUGAAAUUUCUUCGAUGUCGUGGUUGCGCUUUAAUGUGCUAGCUGUGCAACUUUUAUCUCGAAUGUUAUUGCAUAUUAUCUGUAUGAUUGUGUUAU